AUGUGCCUGCUUUGCAUAUAUCAUGUCCUGGAUUUUUGGAAUCAAGGACAGGUUCGUUAACAGUAAGACGGAAGAACAAUAAAAUUGGGGAACUAGAGAUGAUACUUCCUCUUCUUUCGAAAGAGCUUUACUUGCUGGUAGGUUUCUAAUGGUAGUCUGGUGUACACUGAACCUCCAGAGCUGUGGUUGCUUCAAGUGGAGCCUCAACUUUUGCCUCAGAGGAUUAUGAGUUUUCUGAAUUCAGGGAGAAAGAGCCAGCCCUUGGAUUCACUGUCUUUUCAUUGCAUAUCAGAGGCAACAGUACUGGGACAAAGAAGCUCAUAGUUUUUGGCUUUUGUUCCAAUUUGACAUCAUACAUGGCUACAGAUGGCAAUGUUCUCCAGGUUCCCUUGCGUCAGAAGCCGAGAAAGAAAACUCAAGGUUUUUUCACAAUGAGUCGGAGGAGGAUAUCAUGUAAAGACCUGGGGCACGCUGACUGCCAAGGGUGGCUAUAUAAGAAAAAAGAAAAAGGAACUUUCCUAAGCAACAAAUGGAAAAAGUUCUGGGUUGUACUGAAGGGGUCAUCGUUAUAUUGGUACAGCAAUCAAAUGGCAGAAAAAGCUGAUGGAUUUGUCAACCUGCCCGAUUUCACUGUGGAGAGAGCAUCUGAAUGCAAAAAAAAGCAUGCUUUUAAGGUCAUCCAUCCACAGAUCAAGACCUUUUAUUUUGCGGCUGAGAAUACGCAGGAAAUGAAUGUGUGGUUAAACAAGCUUGGAUUAGCUGUAAUCCAUCUUGAAUCUACUACAAAGGACGAAGAAUGCUAUAGUGAGAGUGAACAGGAAGAUCCUGAAAUAGCUGUGGAAGCAGCACCCCCUCCUAACUUUGCCGAGACUCUGUCUCCUUCGGUGGCACAGCAGGCGUGUUCAUCUUCACCCAAGUUGAGUGAAACGGCGUGUUCUUUCUCUUCCCUGGAAAAUAUAGUGAAGACACCCAGUAGAUUGUCCUCCUUACCUAAAGAAAGACAGUCCUGGGUUAACAUAGUUAACAGUUCGUCUGCUGCUGAAGAUGCGGGACAACCUGUAACCUUUGCUGUUCAGCUGCACUCACCUACACCCUCAGAGGCAGACAGUCACAAGGCCCAGGAACACAGCUUGGCCAUGUCCGAGAGUGGAUUUUUGAACUCUUUAUCUAGUGAUGACACAUCUUCAUUGAGUAGCAACCUAGACCAUCUUACUGUUCCAGACAAGCCUACUGGAUCAAAGCUGAUGGACAGAGAAGAAACAAAAGCGUCUGAAGAUGAUGAAAUGGAGAAGCUCUACAAAUCAUUAGAGCAAGCUAGUCUAUCUCCUCUUGGGGACCGACGACCUUCCACCAAAAAGGAGUUGAGAAAGUCCUUUGUGAAGCGGUGUAAAAAUCCAUCCAUAAAUGAGAAACUCCACAAAAUCCGAACCUUGAAUAGCACGUUAAAGUGUAAAGAACACGACUUGGCAAUGAUUAACCAGUUGCUGGAUGAUCCGAAGCUGACAGCCAGGAAGUACAGGGAGUGGAAAGUCAUGAACACCUUGCUGAUUCAGGACAUUUAUCAGCAGCAGCAGGACCCCACGUCCACCUCUUAAGGCACCCCCUAGGGACUCGAGGAACCACCUUCCUGCACCUCUGUUGAAAAUUCUAGUUGAGAACAAGCCAGGAUUCUCUCCCCUUCUGAACCCCAGCAACUCUUCAAGAUGCUGCAAGAGCUUACAUUUUUUCCUUGAAAGGAAAACUGAGACCAGUUCCUCAAGCAUGAGCUCCCUCUGUAAAAAUGCAGCCCAGGUGAGGACCAGCAUCAAUGGCAGCAGGACUCCUCCCAGGUGGAGCGCUUCCUUCAAGACUGGAGUGAUCGGGUCCAGGUGAACAGUUCUCGUGUUCCUGCUGGGAGCUCACGGUUAUGCCAGGCUCUAGGUGGGAUGUGAGCACUCUAUCUUCUGUUCCUUGCUCUCAAGAGAAUUACAACAUUCUGUGGACAAAAGAUCACUUUUUACUGGGGAUAAUUAUUCAUAGAAACAUUCAGUUUUCCAAAAAGAAGAAUGUACAUAUUCUACCUGGUUGGGGAGCUGAGUUCUCCAAAUCGUGUUUUGGAGUGGGGGAAUGUCUUCUACAGCAGCAACUGAAACAGGACAAAUGCUUUUGUGGCACCAAAAUCCCCUGCCUUUUUCAUGAGUUGAGAAAUACUUCAUAACAACUGGUAUGUGGGAAAGCUCAAGGAGGAGAUGCAGUCUAUAUUCCACUCACUUAAAGAACAGCUUGACCUUUUCACACUUUACCCAGGUGGGGGUGGGCUCUGAUUAAUUUUCCUUUCCGCAGAACAGCUGAAAGAAAACUAUCUCAUUACACUUGGAGGCUGUUACUCCCUCCUAGCUUCUCUGAACCACUGUAGAAGAUGGUAAUAAGUCCAGCAAAGAAUGUUUGCUGCUUUACUCCUUGGAUGUGGUGAAUAUGCACAGUAUAAACUUAUAUCAGGGUGUCCCAGGAUAAAUAUUGACAGGAUAAUUCUGUUAUCUGAAUUGUUUUAAUAUGUCUACUCCAAAAUAACACCCAACAAAAACAAGAGAGUUAAAACAUGAUUGCUUUAUUUUUGUAUGUUUAUGUGUCUCUUUGGCUCCUAUGUGAGUAGUUACCUAUAAUGUGUUUGUUAUUUAAGUAUAUUUAUAGAAGGUCAAAUUACUAGUGUUUUAAAAGAUGAUACAGUAUUAUAUGUUUCGCUGAGUACAUAUUCUCAAAGGGUAGACCUUUUGCUUGAGAAAAAUAGAAAUACUAUUGAUUAUUGCUUCAUUGGAGUUGUUACGUUGCACUGUGAUGUAUGAAGAAUGCUCAGGAAAUCUUGUGGGAUAAAUGGGGGGGCAUGUAGUAAUAAUCUUUCAUUUUCUGGUCUCUCUCUCUCCAUCUCUCACUUUUGCAUGUGCACACGUUCUCUCUCUUUCCCUCCCCAUAGAAGGCUUAGAUUUCUCUGUUUUAAGUCACUCUCUUCACCAGAAGAGGACUUUCAUCUUACACUAUCCCUUCUAGUAAAUAAACUUUAAGUUUUGUGACAUUUAUGCCCACAAACCCUAAACCAAAUGAAACACAACUAAUGGGAUCUUUUGUGUAAAGACUAAUAGAAAUGUUUGGGUCUGUGGUUAAAGAGAACUAAUUUUAUUAGAGGAGCAAUAUGAACGUCUUCACUUGAUAAUCAUCAUGAAUAUUUCUCACCAUAAGAAUAACCAGAACCCACCAAAACCCCAUUUUGGCCCUACCGCUAGCAAAUUGUCAACAAAACAGUUUUCUUUAUAGAGUAAAAGUGUGGCUUGAUACACAAAUGGAAAUAACCGCCUGAAUUUUAUCUGCAAACUAAAUGGAAAUAGUUGUGGAAUAUUUCCCCAAGCUUUACUAAGAAGUCUUAAUGCUUUGCAAGCAAAAAACAAUGUUAGCCUUAGGAAAGUGAAAAAAAAACAAACAGGAAGCAAGUUGUACUGGAAGCUUCUGUGAGAUGAGAGGCCAGGCCAGUCAUUUUGGUCCAGAAGCACCUAUACCAAGUAGAACGUACUGGGUGAGGCCACAGCCAUGCAGAAGAUGGCGCCUGACCUGUGGGGAGCUUACUGUUGGCACCAGAGAGAAGCACCCAUUUAGGUCCUCAGAUUGGGCCCUGAAGCGUCUGGUGUAUGAGGCCAAUGCUUUCAUCUUUGUACUCUAGAAACGAUCAUUGAUUCUUUCUGUACUUGGCAGCUAUUAGAAGGUUGAUUUGUAGGAUUCAAUGUAAACAAGGUGUUGAGGGAAGGAGAAAGAAUAAUGGAGGAAAUAAGUAAUGGAUAUGGCAUAGUUUUCUUCUACCAUUUUUUCUCUAGUUUGUAACACCAACCUAUAAAUUUUAAAACAGUUUUUCCCAAACUGGAGUGUUCCAAAAGCUUUUGACUAGGACUUGGGAAUACAGUUCAGUGCUUUACUUUGGCUUUUCAUUAACACGUAUUUAACUGACUUUUUAGUGUAAAUUCCUUUAGAACCACUCAGAGGCAAAGUAGGUCCAUGAGAGUACUUAAUCAAGCCUGUCAGUUAUUUUUCAAAGUCGAGGCUAGCAGUGUUUCCUUUGUUAGUUAAAGUGGUUACUUUGCAGAGUCUCCCCAAAUGCAAGUUAAACUGAACUGCACAAUUUUGCACCCUGCUCGUCUGGACCCAAAUCACCUGCUUGUUAGUGCUUUCCCCUCUGUCAAUGCUUUCACUCUAUUUUAUGUAGUGUUAGGAUGGAGGCGCUGCUUCUGUGAGUGCCCAGCUUCAGCUGUCGCCUCGUAGUUCCAGUUUAUUCCUGGGGAUUGGGUCAUCUCUGAAAGGGAUUUGGGUAGUUUCAUCACGUCUAAAGGAAGCCUCCUCUUUCCCUGUAGACAUAGGGUCUGAGGACUGUAGAAUGACCCAGAAGAAUGGCCUCUCAGAAGGGAAGUAGAGAAUCUCUGAGCAUAACCAAGCCCAAAUCUGUGGCACCUGCUAUGGAUUAAGAUCUUCGUUGGAUUCCACUUUGGGGCUGUGGGGAGCACCUCUUCUUUCUAGUGUUAGUCUGUAGACCCAAACUGGGGCCUGAUGUGAUACCCUCACUGGUUGGUACAUUGCAGCGAUGCUGAAUCAGAUGUUCCCACAUUUGAAGGGGGUCUUCUGCUUUUCAUAAUUCUCAGUUCUGCUACAAUCUCAGCAUCGCAUCAAGGCCUAGAAAUAAUACUAUUCCAGAGAUUCCAGGAAGCUUAAAGAGAGCUUGUGUUUGGGGUAAGAUUUCAGUGUGAAGCCAAUGACUUUUAUUUAAGUAGCACUUUGUCGUUUGCAAAUCAGUGUCUCAGGCUCCCUCCUUCACCUCCCCAGUGGUCUUUGUGGGGUGACUGUGGAUUAUCACUACUACUUUUGAUAGAGGGAGAAAACAAAAUCUGAAAAGUGACGUGCCUGGGCAGGGCCUCAGGUACAGCCAGGACUUGAAGUUAUGCCUCCAGGACUUGAACUUGUACCUCCCUCCUACUUUACCUUGAGAAGUCCCUGUUGGGACUCAUCAGUUUGACUUAGAGUGUGCAUGCCAUUGCACUGAAAUGUGCACCCACAGUGGCUUUUGCAAAGUCAUCCGUUUGAAAUCUGAGGGGGCCUGUUUUCCUUGAGCACAGUCUCUUCCUUAUCGGCCAAAUAGGUUUCUGUCCCUUCUGCAGUGACCUGGUGACUGUGAGUUGGGGCUUAACAUAAUUACUCUCUGCUUUCUUUUCUUCCUUCUGAAAAGUAUACUGCUUGUUAGAUGCUGUGAGAUCCAUGGAUGAAAGGCAUAUAUCAGA